AUGUCCAGUGGCAAAGAAGCAGGUGGGGUCCACCCUUACCAGCCACAGCAGAGCCAGCAGCACGCGCAGUAUGUGGGGCCCUACCGGCUGGAGAAGACGCUGGGAAAAGGACAGACGGGUCUGGUGAAGCUGGGCGUACACUGCAUCACAGGGCAAAAAGUGGCCAUUAAGAUUGUGAACCGGGAAAAGCUUUCUGAGUCAGUUCUGAUGAAGGUGGAACGGGAAAUUGCCAUUUUGAAACUCAUUGAACAUCCCCAUGUGCUCAAGCUCCAUGACGUCUAUGAGAACAAAAAAUAUUUAUACCUGGUCUUGGAACAUGUCUCAGGAGGAGAACUCUUUGACUACCUGGUGAAGAAGGGACGUCUCACGCCCAAGGAAGCCAGGAAGUUUUUCCGGCAAAUUGUUUCCGCGUUGGAUUUCUGCCACAGCUAUUCAAUAUGCCACCGGGACUUGAAGCCGGAGAAUUUAUUGCUGGACGAGAAGAACAACAUUCGGAUUGCAGAUUUUGGCAUGGCCUCCCUGCAGGUCGGAGAUAGCCUGCUAGAAACAAGCUGUGGUUCUCCUCACUAUGCAUGUCCUGAGGUGAUCAAGGGGGAGAAGUACGAUGGACGUCGUGCCGACAUGUGGAGCUGUGGAGUUAUCCUCUUCGCCCUGCUGGUGGGAGCGCUACCCUUCGACGAUGACAACCUACGGCAGCUGUUGGAAAAAGUGAAACGGGGGAUUUUCCACAUGCCCCACUUCAUCCCUCCGGACUGCCAAAACCUCCUGAGAGGCAUGAUUGAGGUGGAGCCUGAGAAGCGUCUCAGUCUGGAACAGAUUCAGAAGCACCCGUGGUUCUUGGGAGGUAAGAAUGAGCCAGAACCGGAACAGCCAAUUCCUCGGAAGGUGGCAAUCCGGCGGAUCCAGUCUGUCAGCGAGCUGGAUCCGGAUGUGCUGGAGAGCAUGCACUCCCUGGGCUGCUUCCGCGACAAGAACAAGCUGAAGCAGGAGCUGCAGAACGAGGGGGAAAACCAGGAGAAAAUGAUUUACUACCUUCUACUUGACCGGAAGGAGAGAUACCCAAGCUGCGAAGACGAGGACUUGCCUCCACGCAAUGAUGUUGAUCCCCCUCGGAAGCGAGUUGACUCACCCAUGCUGAACCGACAUGGAAAGCGCCGGCCUGAGCGGAAGUCCAUGGAAGUUCUGAGUGUUACUGAUGGUGGUUCCCCCGUCCCGGCCCGACGGGCCAUAGAGAUGGCACAGCAUAGCCAGAGGUCUCGAUCUGUGAGUGGCGCCUCCACUGGCUUAUCUUCUAGUCCCCUCAGCAGCCCUAGGGUCACUCCCCACCCCUCCCCUCGGGGAAGCCCCCUCCCCACUCCGCUCGGCACCCCAGUGCACACGCCCAAAGAGAGCCCCAGCGGCACUCCCGGUGGGACGCCGCCGAGCAGUCCUGGUGUGGCCGGUGUUGCCUGGAAAACCCGCCUCAACUCCAUUAAGAACAGCUUCCUUGGCUCCCCUCGCUUUCACCGCCGGAAACUGCAAGUUCCCACACCAGAGGAAAUGUCCAGUCUUACUCCAGAGUCAUCCCCUGAGCUAGCCAAGAAAUCCUGGUUUGGGAAUUUUAUCAACCUAGACAAAGAGGAACAAAUUUUUGUGGUCAUCAGAGACAAACCCCUGAGCUCCAUCAAGGCUGAUAUUGUACAUGCCUUUCUCUCGAUCCCCAGCCUGAGCCACAGUGUCGUAUCCCAAACAAGCUUCCGGGCCGAAUACAAGUCGUCAGGCGGCCCUUCCGUCUUCCAGAAACCUGUCAAGUUCCAAGUGGACAUCAGCUACUCCGAGGGUGGGGAGGCACACAAGGACAGCGGGAUCUACUCGGUUACCUUCACCCUCAUCUCAGGUCCCAGCCGCCGGUUUAAGCGGGUUGUGGAAACAAUUCAGGCGCAACUGCUCAGCACACACGACCAGCCUUCGGUGCAAGCCCUUGCAGAUGAGAAGAACGGGCAGCAGCCCCGCUUGCCAGGCACCCCAACUCGCAGCUGCCAAACAUCUCGGCGCUCUGAAUCCGACGUGUCAUCUGAACACCAUCGACGUGGCUCCAAGGACAAGAAGCUCGUCUCAUCUAAUGGGACUCAAGUCCAGCAACCACCACCCCCGUCCCCACAGCAGCCAUGA